AUGGAUGGUAAUGGCAUCAAUUUUUCCACUCUCCCAUACCUGGAAGUUCCAACCAGUGACAUCGGUCUUCUUGGUUCCUCCUCUUCUUUAUUUCUAGUUGAAGAGGAAUUCAAGAAACUCCGGUCUGCUCUUAGUUCAUUUGGCUACAUUCAGGUUGUCACUAAAUCAAGACGUUCUCGACAUUUCCUUGAUGUCACAAGAAAAUUCUUCAAGCUUCCAUUGGACGAGAAAAAGAAAUAUUCCAGAGAAGAAAACGAGAUUGAUGGUUAUGGAAAUAAUAUAAUCUACACAGAGAAUCAAACCCUUGAUUGGAAUGACCGGCUUUUAUCUUCAUUUGCUCCCUGGGAGCAUGAGGAAGCUCGAAAAAUGGCCUCAAACUCCCAGGAAACCUUCCUCGAAUUUACAUCGAAACUACAGCUUAUGAAUGAAAUUAUUGUUAAAGCCAUGGCAAAGUCACUGAAAUUGGAGAAGCAUAGCUUUCUUGAUCAAUUUGGAAAGAACCCAAUUUCUCUUACGAGGUUAAAGUUUUGUCCUCCUUGUCCGUGGCUUGACUGUGUUCUUGCGGCAAAGCCACAUGGAGAUGCAUCAGGAACCACUUAUCUCUUGCAAGACAAAGAAGUGGAAGGCCUUCAAGUCCCGAAAGAUGAUCAGUGGUAUCGAGUUCCACUUACUCCGGAUGCCAUUGUCUUCAAUUGUGGUGAUCAACUUGAGAUAAUGACAAAUGGGAUAUUCAAGAGCCCAAUACAUAGAGUAGUAACAAACAAGGAAAAGGAGAGGACUGUGGCUUUGUUCUUUUCUCCUGAGCUUACAAUUAAAUUUGAAUCUGAAUUUGAAUUUCAAAUUUUACAUAUAUAUCAUAGAUCCAAUUAUGAAAAUAUAUAUUAUCAAUAUAUAUAA